CUCACCCUUGGCCUGUCAGCAUCCUAAUAUGGCAGAGGGCCGGGAUGGGGGCCGGUCCUAAGGUUUGUGAAUGGUAGAGCUUGGGUAUAUAAGCUGGACAGUCAGAGGGAAAGAUUGUAGCUGGUUCAGCAACAGCAUUGGUAAGGCCUUCAUCCUCCCCAAGCCGCAGACACUCACCUAAGCAGCCAACAUGUGUGACGACGAAGAGACUACCGCCCUUGUGUGCGACAACGGCUCCGGCCUUGUGAAGGCUGGCUUCGCCGGAGACGAUGCCCCCAGGGCCGUCUUCCCCUCCAUCGUUGGCCGCCCCCGUCACCAGGGUGUCAUGGUCGGUAUGGGUCAGAAGGACUCCUACGUCGGCGACGAGGCCCAGAGCAAGAGAGGUAUCCUGACUCUGAAGUACCCCAUCGAGCACGGUAUCAUCACUAACUGGGACGACAUGGAGAAGAUCUGGCAUCACACCUUCUACAAUGAGCUGAGAGUGGCACCCGAGGAGCACCCCACCCUGCUCACUGAAGCCCCCCUGAACCCCAAGGCCAACAGAGAGAAGAUGACCCAGAUCAUGUUUGAGACCUUCAACGUCCCCGCCAUGUAUGUGGCCAUCCAGGCUGUCCUGUCCCUGUACGCUUCCGGCCGUACCACCGGUAUUGUGCUGGAUGCUGGUGAUGGUGUGACCCACAACGUCCCAGUCUAUGAGGGUUACGCCCUGCCCCAUGCCAUCAUGCGUCUUGACCUGGCUGGUCGCGAUCUGACCGACUACCUGAUGAAGAUCCUGACUGAGCGUGGCUACUCUUUCGUGACCACCGCUGAGCGUGAGAUCGUGCGUGACAUCAAGGAGAAGCUUUGCUAUGUGGCUCUGGACUUCGAGAACGAGAUGGCCACCGCUGCCUCCUCCUCCUCUCUGGAGAAGAGCUACGAGCUUCCCGACGGUCAGGUCAUCACCAUCGGAAACGAGCGUUUCCGUUGCCCUGAGACCCUCUUCCAGCCUUCCUUCAUUGGUAUGGAGUCUGCUGGUAUUCAUGAGACUGCCUACAACAGCAUCAUGAAGUGCGACAUUGACAUCCGUAAGGAUCUGUACGCCAACAAUGUGCUCUCCGGUGGUACCACCAUGUACCCUGGUAUUGCUGACCGUAUGCAGAAGGAAAUCACUGCCCUGGCCCCCAGCACCAUGAAGAUCAAGAUCAUUGCCCCUCCCGAGAGGAAAUACUCCGUCUGGAUCGGUGGCUCCAUCCUGGCUUCCCUGUCCACCUUCCAGCAGAUGUGGAUCUCCAAGCAGGAAUACGACGAGGCAGGCCCCAGCAUUGUCCACAGGAAGUGCUUCUAAAUCCUCAACCUUCGUCUCCAGCUUCUCCAUUCUUUACACCUCAAGAUAUCUGGAGAUCAAUUGCAAAGGAGGAUCGACCUCUGCGGCACUGCAACACUCGGCUGUCAAUGGACUUUUUGUCUGCCCUGUUGACAAUUGUAUGCAUUGUUUUAUUAUUUUAAAAUGUGCAUAUUUUGUAGCUGUUUGUUGUUUGUGUUGCACGGAGAAAGGCUGUGAAAUCCAACACUGAACCAUGCAUCCACCCAAAGAAAACUUUAAUAAAAAAAUAAGAACAACAUGUUGCCCAAUACAUGUGAAUGUAAUUGUAUAUACAUAUUCAUAAUUUAUUAAAGUCCAUUAUUUGGUA